AUGGAAACACAGCGGACUAUCACGGACCUGCCGUUCGAGGUUCUUGACCUGAUAUUCAAACAACUCGAUUAUCCGAGGCAGGAAUGUCAAUUGGCGUACGCCCAUGAGAUACUGGCCGAAGAAUUCGCCUACCAAAGUCGCGAUGAUUGCAGAAAACUUUCCCUUGAUUACUGGUGGACACCCGACACCUAUGCGCCUAUUUUGAAGACCUGCGGAUCGACUGUACGGGAAUUGGACUAUCACAAGGGUAGCGAUGACUUUGAAUAUCUGGACGUAUACGGCCGUCCGUCGGCCUUCGAUGGGGAUGGUUUUUUCGCGGUUUUGCGUGCCUGUAAAAAACUCCGAAAGUUUCGUGAUCCACUGGGAGACGUGACCAUCUACAGGGCGUACGUGUUUGCGAUGGUAGACAUUCUGCGCGAAAAUGGCUUCAGACCGGAGAAACCGUUCAAAUUGUGGCUGUUCGACCGUCCACAGAUGAGGUGGAUCAAGCGAUUGGUCGGCCAGAGUUCGAGUCCUGGAAUAAUUGACAUCCAUCUUGUUGAAUUGGAAUAA